UUAUCUUUUAAUAAAAACCAUAGUAAUAACAAUACACACACAAAAUUCGAUUUGAUAAGUGCCGCAGCGGCACAGGAACCUGCUGCAGCAGCCACAUCAUCAGCAACGACGCAGUUACAAAGUGGAACGGAGAACAAAAGCACCAACAGUAUAACCCAACGCUGAAGCCGGCAUCAGCAUCAACGAUAACAUUUACAAAUUUAUUGACCAGUUAUUAAGAAAAAAAACCCAAGAUGGGUGCUCUGAAGUACAUGGGCUGGAUAACCAGCUGUUCGGUGUUCACGGCCUUCAUAUCGAUUAUCUGGCAGGCAUUUCUGUCGCUGCAGGCCCUUAACAAGACGACCGUCCUUCUAACCGGUCUGCUUGCCAUCGAGGGUGGCCUCAAACGUUCCGCCACGGCUCGUGCACCCAAAGUGGCUGUUGGCUAUGGCGCCUGCACAGAUCUCCAGAUCAAUGCGACAGAGUUUCUGGACACCUACUACAAAUUGCGUGAGCCAAAGAUGAGCUCCGAUUUUGCAUCGAACGAUGUGAAUAACGAGAACGAGCUGCUGCAAUCAUUUGCCUAUUACUUCAAGAACGGCGCCGCAGCUGAACGUGUUAUCGCAAAUGGCACGCUGUUCAAGCAGUUGAUUGCGAAUGCCAAGAUAAUGGACAAGGAGCGCAUCCAUUGGUAUAUGGGGGGCAAUGCCCCAUUAAUGGCUGUGCGCUUUGUCAUGGAGGGAGCGGAUGUGCUGCUCGGCGCACACAUGUCAAAAAAAAUGCGUCCAUUGCUGCCCAAGGAGAUACGCCUGGCGGGCGAUGAGAUUGUCGAGGAUGACAUACACCUGAUACUCGAAUAUAAGGCUGGCGACAGAUGGGGUCCAUAUGAAGCGCCGCGUGCCAAUCGAUAUAUACUGCACAACGAUAAGAAUAAUCCGCAUCUGAGGUCUGUGGAGCAACUGACGGACGCACUGAAGCAAUACCAACCACAAUUGCUGGUGGUCAGCGGUCUGCAAAUGAUGGACAUGUUCAAGUUUACGCCAGGCGUACGUGAGGCGCGCCUGCGUCAAGUGCAGAUGCAGCUAACUAGCCAGCCAAGCGAUACACUACAUCACUUCGAGUUUGCCAGCUAUGUGGAGUUGCAGCUGCUACAACAGCUGCGUCAGUUUGUCCUGCCCUAUGUAGACUCUCUGGGCAUGAACGAACAGGAGCUGUCCAAUCUGCGCCAAGUGCUGCAGCAUGGACGCACCACAAUGGCCACCGACUGGAAUCCACGCAUAGCCCAUACGCUGGACCAAAUGCGACAGGUGUUUAUCAAUCUGAUGGAGGAUUAUCAUGCACAUAAGCAGGCAGACACGCAUCGACGCAAGAUCUCCAGAAUACAUGUACAUACGCUGGCCUACCAGGCCAUUCUCACCAUAGCCGACUCCAAGUGGAAGAAUACACGUGCUGCGGCAGCCAAGGCGGCGUUGACGGCUCAUCGUUAUGUCUGCAAAUCGCAGUUUAUUAAUCCGGAGGCUGUCCUGUUGGUCUUGGAUGACAGCUUUGCCACAUCCGCUCAAGAGCAGGCGCCACGUAUGCGAAUGAAUGCUGCCAAUCCAGUGCCCUGCUGGAAAGAGUAUAUACAAUUUGGCAAGGAUCUUCAACGGAUCGAGGUGGAGAUUUGCGUGGCACCCGUGCUGGUUUGUCGGGUGGCCAAAAAGACGGCGGGCGCUGGCGAUAAUAUAUCCGCCUCGGGACUGGUGGCCCAACUCUGAUUCAUAUUCGAACUUCAAGCAAUAUCGAUCGAUGCCAACGAGCAUGUUUGGGACAGGUGAAGACUGCUUAGUAUUUACGAAACGUGAACGAAAUGCAAAAGACUCGAAUAGUAAAACCCUUAAAUUGAAUCCUCGACAACCACCACCCACUUUCAAGAAACAUUCCCUGUUGAAUACUGUUUAUAGACAGAGACAAAUAUACUCAGCACCUUAGUGACCUUAGAAACGCGUUACCUUCACAACUACAUCGAUUACGGACCGGCCGGCGAAUCCUUUUGCGGAACAACGAACAACGAUCGAGUUGGCUGAUGGCCUUAGUACAUAUCUAGAAGAGUUUGCGGAGAAAUUACUUUAUGGAAUCGAAAUCAAACAUAUUCAAAAUUCGGUUUCGUUGUUCUAUGCAUAUCGAAUCUCUGAUAUUUAUGUAUGACAACUUACUCAUAAUUAUUUACUGUGUUCAAAAUUAUUCCUGAGAUGCAUAUAUAUGCAGCCUAGUCUAAGUUUAAUGUAUUAGUCAUUAAUUAUUUCGGUAUUGUAUCGAUGUCAACCAUUCCUACUAACAAUUUGUUUUGCGCACUUGGUUCUAAGCUAAAAAAGCAAUGCAUUUAUACAUGUAUAAUAAAAUUCCUGUUGAAUGCAAAAGUACAUGUUAUAUAUUCACUUAA